AUGGCUGCAGAGUGUGGCAGUGUGGCCCUGGGACUUGAGAGGGCUGUGGCACCGGAACCUGUGGACAGAGGACUAUGGACAUGGGACAGUACUGGAGGCCGGGGGCGGCAGGAUUGCAAGGACAGGACUAGGGGUCUCGAGACCGUGGAGGGUGAGGGCUUAGUAAUGCUGCACCCUGGGGCUGCGCUGCUCCCAGCCCUUGAGUCCUCAAGGCCGGGGGCAACGGCACCACUCUCAGGCAGGGCGCCCCGCCCAAUCCCGUCGGCGCCCUGGAACUUUCCCAACCGUCGGGGACUCGGCCGGGGGCGGGGGCGGCGCCGAUAUAAAGGGCCCCGAGACUGGGGCGACCGAGACGGAGGAGUGCGCCCGGUGGCCCGCGUACGGAGGGGUCCGGCUCGCGACGCAUUCGGGGAGGGGCGCGGCGCAUCUCCGUACGCCUCCCCCCCCUUCCCUCUCCCCCGCCCCAGCUGGCUACCCGGCCGCACCGGAGGGGAAACUUCCCUCCCUGUGCCACGCGGGGCCUCGGCAGCCCCAGGGCCUGGUUCCUUUCAGACAACCAAAACUCUGCACGGUCCUGGCUUCAUUUCCUUCUUUAUGGCUUCUCAAAGGUCCUCCUCCAAGCCAAGCAGUGACCAGAACCUGGGACUCAGUGGUUGGUGUCUCAAUGUGGAAAUAACCCACUGGAUGGAGUCAGGUAUUGAGUUUGAUCCUGGCUCCAACAUGUAUUGGGUGACUUUGCCUGAUGCCCCCUCCUGAGCCUGUCUGCAAAUGAAGAUCCUUUCUUUCCAGUUCCUCACAAGAUCACUGUGAAGAACACUUAUUGUAGAGCCUCAAGUGUUACCCUGGGACUCAUAGGCUGGAUCCAGCAGGAUGGCCUUCUUUCAGGCCAGAGGAAUGCCCAUGUCCAGCCCCAAGACCUUGGGGGGCUGGGGGGUGUGGAUGUUCCUGUUCGAAAUGGUCUACCUCUUCAGAGGAGGCCCCUUACCUUAUGUUUGGGGUGCAAGGUGAAGGGUGCUCUGUGGGGAGGGCCAUUAAAGGAGUGGCAGCA